AUGUGGUGGAGCUUGGUGGCGGCGGCGGCGGUGGUGCUAGCUGCGGCGCGUGGGGCGACGGCGGCGGCGGUGACGUGCAGCCCCGUGCAGCUGAGCUCGUGCGUGUCGGCGAUCCGAUCGGCGACGCCGCCGUCGAAGCUGUGCUGCGCCAAGAUCAAGGAGCAGAGGCCCUGCCUCUGCCAGUACAUGAAGAACCCAGCGCUGAAGCCCUAUGUCAACACCCCUAACGCCAGGAAGGUCGCCUCCACUUGUGGCACCCCUUUCCCCAAGUGCUGA